CGUUGUGUGCCGAGGCGGCGGCGGCAGACGAGGAGUGAGGGGCGGCUGCUGUGCGCCUGUCUAUUGAGUGUCAGGCUGCCGCCGCCUCUCCUCCGGGCACCUGAGAGAGAGCGGGUGCUGGUGGCGGCCCAGGGCAACGGAGCAGAUUUAGCACUCCACUGAUAUACUUACAAGGGGAGAAAGAUGACCGAUGCCAGUGAGAUGUUAGCUGCCGCCUUGGAGCAAAUGGAUGGUAUCAUUGCAGGUUCAAAGACCUUGGAUUACACAAAUGGUCUCUUUGACUGCCAAUCGCCCAACUCCCCAUAUAUAGGUGGCCUGCGUGUUUUACACCUGGUGGAGGACCUUCGAGGACUACUGGAGCUGAUGGAGAAUGAGGAAAAAGACGGACUGCGCUGUCAGAUACCAGACUCCACUGCAGAACUUCUUGCCGAAUGGCUACAGAGUAAUCUGACAAAUGGCCACAUCUCUGUCUCUGGCGAUGCGUACCAAGAUAGGCUAGCACGCCUGGAAGGUGAUAAAGAAUCACUGGUUUUGCAAGUGAGUGUUCUAACAGACCAGGUGGAGGCUCAGGGAGAGAAGAUUCGAGACCUCGAGUGUUGUCUGGAUGAACACCGGGAGAAGUUGAAUGCCACAGAGGAGAUGUUGCAACAGGAACUCCUAAGCAGAACAUCAUUGGAAACUCAGAAACUGGAUCUUCUGGCUGAGGUGUCAAACCUGAAAAUAAAGUUGAAUGCAAUGGAAAAGGACCGGUUGGAAUAUGAGGAAAGAUAUAAAGAUACUGAGUCACUGAUUUACCUAAUAACAGAACUGAGGCGGCAGAUGGAAAAGGUGGAAGUGGAGCUAGCAUUAUUCCAGGAAAAGAGGUCCCAGUUUGGGGAUCAAGAGGGGUUGUAUCAAGAGGUUAAUGAUCUGAGGAUGAAGGUGGUUGACAUGGAAAAUGAAAGAGUUCAGUUUGAAAAAAAGCUCAAGUCAACCAAGUCAUUAAUGGCUAAGCUCUCUAGCCUGAAAAUCAAGGUUGGUCAGAUGCAGUACGAGAAGCAGCGAAGGGAACAGAAAUCCCAGGCACUAAAGGAUGAGAUGGUACAACUGACAGAACAAUUGGAGAAGAAGGAUGCUGAGAUCAAGGGGCUGUUGUCUGAGUUGAAUGCCAAAACGGAAUUAGAUGAAAGUGAUGGUGGGGCUGAGGAAAGUUAUAAAAAGAAGCUGAAGGAGAAAAAUCUUGAGGUCCAUAAAAUGAAAAAGGCUGUUGAAUCUUUGAUGGCAGCAAAUGAGGAGAAGGAUCGGAAGAUUGAAGAAUUGCGACAAUCUUUGAACAGAUACAAGAAGGUGCAAGAUAUGGUGAUGUCUGUGACACAUAGUAAGAAAGCAAAAGAAGAUGAGGGUGACGAAUGUCUGACUGGAGGGCCUGCGGGAGUUAACAGCAGUGAAAUGUUGGAGAUGGAACUGGCUUCUCCUACAUCCCUCUCCCCUGAUAUAGUGACUACAACUGUGAUGCCUGAACCGGAACCAUUGCAAAUCCACACCAGUGUUCUGCAGGUGCCAAUACCAAUGGUAUCAUCUACUCCCAAGAGCCGUGCUGAGCAGGUUGAUAAGAAGGAACCUGAAGCAGAAACAAGACCUGACAUUUGUGAAAUACAGCCGAGUGACAUCUCUUCUUUAGUUGAAGAAACCAUCAUCUGUGAUAGUCCCAUAUUAUUAGAUGUGCACAAGUCUAGUAGUCUGGAGAACCUGAAAAUGGAGGAGGAGAACAAGAAAUCCUUGGAGCCUGCACAACAGAGUCCGUUAGAGCUGGCAGAGAACAUUUUGCUCUUGAUUAAGAACAAGGCAUGUAUGGAGAUCAGUAAAUUCACGUCUCUGCCACCAAAACCAAUCGGGCAGCACAACUCACUGGGCGAUGAAAGCGCUGCCUCCAAAAAGGCAAGAGCUUCCUUUGGUCGUGGUUUCUUCAAGAUCAAAGGCGGCAAGCGGACUGCUAGCACACCUAACCUUGACCGCAGUCGAAGUGCAAGUGCACCGAUGCUAGCGGAGACGGAGAGAGAGUUGGAGCAGGUGGAUGUUGCUGGUCUCCCACUGCGUUCAGUAGAGGCUGAUAGUUGUCAGCUCUUUCCAACCUCACCAGAUCUCAAAAAGAAAUCCAAAGGAAUCAAAAAGUUAUUUGGAAAGCUUAAACGAAGUCAGUCAACCACAUUCAACCCUGAAGACAUGAGUGAAGGGGAAUUCAAAAGAGGUGGAACCAGAAGUACCUCCGGUCCGAAGCUUGGCUGGUCCCGGGAUCUACAGCACACUAAAACUGAUCUGGAUGCUCCAUUUGCAAAGUGGAGCAAAGACCAGGUGUGCAACUGGCUGGAUGACCAGGGACUAGGAAUAUAUGUUGGGGCUUCUGGAUCCUGGAUCACCUCAGGCCAGACCUUACUGCACGCAUCUCAGCAAGACCUGGAGAAGGAACUUGGCAUCAAGCACCCUCUGCAUAGAAAGAAGCUGCAGCUAGCUCUGCAGGCAUUUGGUUCUGAAGAAGAAGAUAACAAGGGGAAACUGGAUUACAAUUGGGUCACAAGGUGGCUGGACGAUAUUGGAUUACCCCAGUACAAGACCCAGUUUGAUGAGGGAAGAGUAGAUGGUCGAAUGCUUCACUACAUGACUGUGGACGAUCUGCUCUCGAUGAAAGUCGGGAGCGUUCUCCAUCACCUCAGCAUCAAGCGAGCCAUCCAGGUUCUCCGAAUAAAUAACUUUGAAGCUAAUUGUCUGCGGAGGCGGCCAUCUGAUGAGAAUAACCUCAGCCCAGCAGAGGUGUCACGAUGGACCAACCACCGGGUGAUGGAGUGGCUUCGCUCGGCCGAUCUGGCGGAAUACGCUCCCAACUUGAGAGGCAGUGGAGUGCAUGGGGGACUGAUGGUACUGGAACCACGCUUUAAUGUGGAAACACUGGCCAUGCUGCUGAACAUCCCUCCCAGUAAAACACUGCUCAGGCGACACUUGGCCACGCACUUUAAUCUACUGGUUGGUCCUGAUGCUCAACGCCAGAAGCGAGAGGCAGUGGAAUCCCCGGACUAUGCUCUUCUUACGGCCACUGCCAAGGUUAAGCCCAAGAAGCUGGUGUUCAGCAACUUUGGGAGCCUGAGGAAGCGGAAGCAGGAUGAGGAAGAGUACAUCUGUCCGAUGGAACUGGGGCUCCCAGCAGGAAGUGGCUUCAGAAAAGGAAGCAAGCAGGGUCGAGGGAUGGAGCUGAGACUGUACAACGAGGAGGACCUGGACAAGCUGGAGCAGAUGGAUGACUCUGAGGGAACAGUGAGGCAAAUCGGAGCGUUCUCGGAGGGCAUCAAUAAUCUCACACACAUGCUGAAGGAGGACGAGUUGUUUAAAGAUCUGAGCACCAGCUCACCCUACACCAACAUGACAGAUGAGGAUUCAAAUGUCUGACCCGCAACUCCAGUGUAACACUACAAAACAAACUGCCUGCACUACUAAAUACCUUCUGAAAUGUGUUCCCUUGUAGUAACUGCACAAGACACCACCAAAUAUUUAUUACUUGGGAAAAUCUGUGAUAUUUGACUUUAAAGAAAGUACAUUUCACAUGUUUCAAAUGGUUUGCGCUAGUAGACCAUAAAAUGCCAGAAAUUUGAAUUGUGGAUUUAUUUUAAGUUUUAAGAAGCAGUUCUCAUUUGAUUUUUUUUAUGGAGAUUUUGAGAAGUUUACUGGCAGUGCCCUGGAUGCUGCAGCCUAGCCUGCCUGCUGCUGCCAACAGAUAGUUUAGUGAAUGUCUCUCAUUGGCUACGUCAAUGAAGCAAUAUCCCUAAGAAUGCCUUAAAUAACCAAAAAUAUUGCCAUUUUAACUAUCCAGUUAUUUUACACCAAUGUCUCUUUCUGCCACAGUGUGAAUUUUGUACCUUUUUUAUAAUUUUCUAAAGUGGCAGAUAAAAGGAAUAUUUUAUAAUGUGCAACUUUUGAAUGGGGUUACUCGGUAGUGCAAUGAUAUUUUGUAGGGAUUGAAUUCCAGCUGGUUCCUGGCCUAAUCCAUGUAGAAUUUACCUAGUGCUUUUCAAAAUGGUGUGGGGGUUGUGUGAUUCCUGUUUAUUGACCCAGGUUACAGUAAUGACUUGGGUUAGACAAAGCAGGUGCUGUUCACUGGGAUGAUAUCAUGUUUGUUUAUGGUACAGAUUGCAUUGUAGGAAUUACUUCCAUUUCAUACUUGGAAGGGUAACUGGUGAACUGUGCAGCUGGUGCAUGGACAUUGGCUAAUGCUUUGCUACUUAAUGAGGUCAUCAGCCCAUGUCGGAUCAGUUGAAUGUGAAAAUUACAACUUUGAGUACUGGUGUAGAACUGAACAUUAACACUCCAGUCAAUAGAAUGGACUCUGGUUCUAAUUCCUGGGCAUCAAUACUUAGUGGUUCUGAAAUCAGUAAUGUAAUUGUCCAAAGACCUCAAGAAAACAGUGGAUAUUUAGUAUUCUACCUGACCCAGCAGCCUGUACUGUAUUACUAAUGCAUCAAUUGUAACACUAAUCUAUUUUAAAAAUAACUUUUAUCCAAAACUAUGUUCAUAUGAUUCUACAAUUUAAGUAUGCUCCUUAUUUAAUCACUUGUCAAAAGAGAAACUAAUCUUGAGAAGCUGUUUCUUCUACCACAACCACUCAGGUAUCCGGUCUCUAGAAAUGUAUUUUUCUAUGUGCACAGCUUUCUAAUUGAACCAAACUCUGCAUUGAGUUCAGCAUGAACCCUGAUGCUCCGGAUACCAUUGUGUGGUGGUAUAGGAUAGCUUCAAAAAUGCCAGCAGACUCUGAUCCAGAACCCACAGCUCACUCCAAACAACAGAUUAAUAUGCUUUUUAUCAGUUUAUUUAUUUUGCAUUGUUAAUGAUGCCAUGCCAUUAUUCUGCCAUUUAUUGUGUUGAGGGUUUCUGUGCAAUGUUUGUAGCAUAUUUAUGUAUUUUAUAGUGCAUUUAACAUUUUAAUUUUCCCACAGGAUGUUUAGGUUUCAUCCAUCAAAUUUUUAAAGACAUUUAAACCUGUAGAGACCAUCAGAACUGUGCUCUGUUGCAUGGAUAUUGAUUAAACAAUCCAGGGAAGGUGCAUUGUUUAAACAGAUACUGUAGUAUGUGUAGCCUGUUCCUCCUCUGGUAGCAGGUCAUAACCUAAACCUGAAAGGCAGAAUCGUGUAUAAUCCACUACAGCAAUAUUAUAUACACAUGACCCUCGUGUGAAUAUUUCAAUGUCAAAAUAAAGUAUUGCUUAAUAAAUUGAAAUAUGUUGGAUUUAAUGUUGAAUGAAUUGCUAGGCACUGCUUUCCUGUUAAGUGGAGUUAGACAACCCUAGAACAAAGAUUGAUUCAAAUUAAGAGUUCCCCUCUCUAGGUGAACCUUUGUGUGAAAUUAAUGAUUUCUAUCAAAUGAUCUAAAUAGUGGACAUUUGGGGAGUCCA